UCCUUCAGUCCCCACUCCUUGUCUUGCUCUGUCUCAGCCAAAGCUGCUUCUCUUGUUGCUCCUUGAACAUGCCAGGCACAAGCCUGUCCCUUGCUCUCCCUUCUGAUAGCCACACACGAUCCCACUCCCUGAAGCCUCUGCUCAAAUGACACCUCUCAGGUGGCCUUCCCUGACCACAUCCUACUCUUCAUUUCUACACAUUCCACGUCUGUCUAGUUUACCUUAUGUCUACCCGUUCUGGAAUGUUCCAGGGCCGGGCUGCCUUGCUCCCAUACCCCCAGCAUCCAGAGCAGACCCCAAUCUGGUGGGCUCCCAAGGGGACAAAUGAAGGCUCACCUGGCACAUGUAGCUUUGGAAACAGCUCUUUGGCCAUGGUCAUGGUCUCAAGUUUCCUAAGGAUGCCGUAAACAGCCAUGACAGAAGCUUCCAGAACUUGGACGUGGUUUAACAGAGUGAUUUUCCAAGCUGUCUAGAAUACUGUGUGGUGAUGUGAAAAUGCCCGGAGAAUCCGAAGUGCUGAAUCCAGCCUGGUUCAUUCCCUCAUGCCUCCUUCUUUGCCCCCUAGGUUCCCGUUCAGCCGGCCCGAGCUGCUGAAGGAAUGGGUGCUGAACAUCGGCCGGGGCAACUUCGAGCCCAAACAGCACACGGUCAUCUGCUCGGAGCACUUCCGCCCUGAGUGCUUCAGUGCCUUUGGAAACCGCAAGAAUCUGAAGCACAAUGCUGUGCCCACAGUGUUCGCCUUCCAGGACGCCAGGCAGCUGGUGAGGGACGACACGGACCCAGCCAGCAAGGGUGGAAAUGCCAAUUCUGAAAAGGAAAAGAUCCUCCCUGAAGCCGAGGCCAGAGAGCACGGCCCGGGGAGACAGACAGACACUGCCCUCGAAGCACUGCGGCCACAACCCACGCCCAGUGCCGGAGGCCCUGUUGGACAGGUCCUGCCACAUAGACCGGAAACAACUGAGGCCCCUGGUCAGCCAGCCAGCCCCCCGCAGCCAUCUGAUCACAGCUACGCCCUUUUGGACUUAGAUGCCCUAAAAAAAAAACUCUUUGUGACCCUGAAGGAAAAUGAAAAGCUCCGGAAGCGCUUGAAGGCCCAGAGGCUAUUGAUACGGAGGAUGUGUAGCCGCCUGCGAGCCCACGGAGCAGGGCAGCCAGGCCUGGGGGCCAGGCGACAGCCAGAGCAGCAGAGCUGUUAGGGAGCCAGGCUUUCUCAUCUGAGCCCCUGGGAGGCGGGGCCACAGUUUUGGGGCUCUAGCUAUGAACACUUCAGUCCUGCUGCUGAUACAGCAGCAGUGAGGCAUGCCAGGUGAGGAGCUCAGCUUGGCCUCAGGUGAAGUUUGGUGGCCUCAGGCUCUGAGGGGGUGGGGCUGUGAACAUGAGAAACUUGGUCAUCCAGUAGGUGACAUCCCCUGGUGUCCAUUCAGCACAAGCCAGGCCAGUGUCCUUGGAUCCAUACCAUGCUGAGCCAGAGUGGCAGAUAUUCCCCCAGUGGGGAGGGAACAAGUUUCCAUGUGGGGCAGCUGGGUCCAGGGAGGGACUAGUGCAUGAGUCACUCCCAUCCCACACCAGGGGGGUGACAGCUCUCAGGAAGCAGGAGUGGCCCCUCCAUCGCCUAGACAGCUGGCUCUCUGGCUGACACUGGCCUCUGUUCUAAGGAGUGCCCUUCUCAGCUUGGUUUGAUCUAAGUACAUAAUCAGGUGUCUUCCUACCCUGUAGGUUUUCCUCUAUUUAAAAACAAGUACUAGCCCUAGCUGGGUGGCUCAGUUGGUUAGAGCAUCAUCCCGAUAUGCCAAG